AUGGAGUGGAAUCAGUGUCUGAAUGGAAAGAAUGCUAUGAAAGAUGUGACUCCCUUUUUGCUAUUCGAGUCAACUGGCGAUUCAGAAGAAGUCAAAGCGGGUGCUGAUGAAGAAGCAGCCAUGGAUGAAUCUGAAGGUGUAUUAUUCCGAUUCGAUGAUGGGGAUGAUGAGGAUAAUGAUGCUCAAUCUUGCAGUUAUGAUCAUUCAUCUUAUAUUAACACAAGUUAUGUUAAUACCCAUCAUGAUCAAACUCAAGGAUUAAUCCAUGACGAUUUUGAUGAAGAUGAUGGUGAUGUUGAUGAUUAUGAUGAUGAUGAUGAUGAUGAUGAUGAUGAUGAUACGAAUAAUUGGGGUGAGAGCAAUAUGAUGGAUCUGUCUAUGCAACAGAACGGAUCUAGUAAAUGCUGUGUCGAUUCUUCGAAUCAAAGAGAGAUUGAUAGAAAUUUCUGGGAAACUUGCUUGGCAACUUGA